AUGGCCUGCUGUGCCUUGGAAAUUCUGGGGUUGGUGCUUGGACUCAUUGGGGUGUCUGGAAGUUUUGCUGUCACUCUGAUGCCCCAGUGGAAAGUAACUGCCUUCACUGGAGAUACUAUUGUACUCUUCGAAAUUCACUGGGUAGGCCUGUGGAAGAACUGUAUCAGUCGUAUGGAUGGUGUCCGUGUGUGCGUAAACCAUAAAUCAACACUGGCUCUUGAACUUUCUUUAGGAGUAUCCAGAGGGAUCAUGUGCACUGCAUGUGCAUUAUCAGUUAUUGCCUUUCUGAUUGCCAUUCCUGGCAUGAAGUGCUUCAAAUGUCUUGGCAAUAAUGAGCAAACCAAGAACAAGAUGUUAUUGGCUGCUGGAAUAAUUUUUAUUUUGACUGGGAUUAUUGUGCUCAUUCCUGUUUCCUGGAUUGCUCACAUCAUCAUCCAGGAUUUUUACAAUCCGGCAAUCCCGAAUUCCCAGAAAUAUGACUUGGGAGAAGCCCUCUAUUUAGGCUGGACAACCUCAGCAUUCCUGAUCAGUGGAGGAGGCAUAUUAUGCAGCUUCUGCCACCGUACAAAGAAUACUAGGAGAUUUCUCUCACCAUCCAGCCACAGAAUGAACAAACCUGAACAUGUCAAAGGGAAGCCUGCAUCUGUAUGCUCCUACAUCUGA